AUGCAAGUCCUUCUCAUUGCUACCCUUGUCGCCAGCGUCCUCGCCGCACCCACUGAGGUUUCUCCCCAGACCAGCGGCGGCGGCGGCGGCGGCGGAGGAGGAGGCGGCGUCUGCCGAGGUUUCCUCUACUCCAACCCCAUCUGUUGCGCCACCGACAUCCUCGGCCUCGCCUGUCUCGACGGAGAUACCCCCCCUGAAACUCCCCGCGAUGCCAAGAACUUCAAGGAAAUCUGCGCCAAGAAUGGCCAACAGGCCAGGUGCUGCGUUCUUCCCAUUAUUGACCAGGCAGUCCUCUGCAUUCGCCCCCUCGGAGUUUAA